CAAACGCAAGCAGAUUCUGUCUUUUAACAGGAAAAUGGGAAAACAAAACGAAUUAUGCACCGUGUCAGCUCACGAACGUAUCUGUAUGCAUAAUACUUUAAAUUAUUAUAGAGAACUGAAGCAUUUAGAGAAAAUAUACACAUAUUUGGAUACACCUUAUCUUUUAUCAGUCUGUGCAUUGCGCUUACAUUAUUUAGAUCUUUCAAGUAAGAAAAUUUUAUUAAUUUAUAUGUGCACUAGAUCUCUUCGAUGUCUCAGAAACGAGAUACACUCAAGCUUAUUUGUAUCCCUAAUCAUACGUGCUCUAGCCUGGGCUAUAUCCUACUCUUUCGUAAAUUUAUUUACAAGGAAAAAUGCAAACAAGGAAAUUUAUUGCGCUUGCUUUGGCCUUCUUUGCAUCUAG